CCAGCCUCCUCCGACACUCCUUCACCCCACACUCAUUCACGAUGCUCGGCGCUGUGCUUGCCUCGCUCGUCACCCUGCUGGCCGUGCCGGCCAACGCCUACUUUAUCCUCUCGCACCCCGUCCUGGAGACGACGCGUCUGGACCCCAUCGUCACCCCCGGCACGGUCGGCGGCCACAUGCACUCGAUCGUCGGCGGGUCCGCCUUCAACCGUACGACGACGUACGAGUCUAUGAUUGCGUCCAAGUGCACGACUGCUCCCGUCACGAUCGACAAGAGCAACUACUGGACGCCCCAGCUCUACUACUACGACCCUUCGGACCAGAGCUACACCGGCAUCCCCGUGGCCUUUGUCAACACGUACUACCUCCCGCGCCCGGGCCCAGGCGAGACGACAGUCAAGGCGCCCCCCAAGGGCCUGCGCAUCCUCCAGGGCAACCCGUUCCGCCGCACGUUCAACGCGUCGAGCUUUGACGACCAGUCGGUCUCGUUCGUGUGCCUCGACUACAGCGGCGCCCACCAGAACGACCCCGCCUGGGCGCAGCGCAACAGCUUCUUCGAGCACAACUGCCCCGACGGCCUGCGCGCCCAGGUCAACUUCCCCAACUGCUGGGACGGCGUCAACCUCGACUCGCCGGACCACCGCUCGCACAUGGCCUGGCCCAGCGGAGGCGUCAACGGCGGCGGUACCUGCCCGCCCUCGCACCCCGUCCACCUCGUCCAGGUCUUCUACGAGUUCAUCUACAACACCGGAAACUACCCCUUCAACCCUGCGGGCACGCCUACCUGGGUCUUCGCUAACGGUGACGCGACCGGCUACGGCAUGCACGGUGACUUCAUCGCCGGCUGGGAGGAGCCCAAUGGCGUCAACGUCCUCCAGCAGGCCAUCGACGGAUGCAACGACAACAACGGUGUCGGCGGCGAGCUCCAGAACUGCCCUCCCUUCGUGCCCUACAUCAACAACGCUGCCGCGUCGGCCUGCCGCCCCGAGAACGAACUCGUCAACGAGGACAAUGGUGUCGGCCACAAGAUUGCCCGUCUCCCCGGUAACAACCCUCUCUGGGUCGGCACUGGCCCCAAGCCUUCGUGGCCCGGCUUUGUCGACGUCGACACCUACGUCUCGCCCACCUCGACCAUCCCCACCGGCUACUCGCGCACCGGCUGUAUCGCCGAGGGCACCUCGGGCAGAGCUCUCACCGGCGCCUCGUUCUCCAACAACAACAUGACCCGCGGCGCCUGUGUCUCGUGGUGUGCUGACCGCGGCUUCCCCUACGCCGGUGUCGAGUUUGGCCGCGAGUGUUACUGCGACACGCAGCUGCGUAACGGCGCCUCGAACACCACCAUCGACGACUCGCAGUGCUCGAUCCAGUGCGCCAACAACGUCAACGAGAACUGCGGUGGCCGCAGCACCCUCGACCUGUUCUACAACCCCGCCAAGACGCCCACCAACCCCACGCCCGCGGGCUGGACCCAGACCGGCUGCUACACCGAGGCGACCAACGGCCGCGCGCUCACCGGCUACUCGUUCGCCGCCAACAACAUGACGUGGCAGGGCUGCCUCGACACGUGCCAGGCCAAGGGCUUCAAGCUCGCCGGCGUCGAGUGGUCGCGUGAGUGCUACUGCGGCAACUCGUACAGCGCCGGCGCCGUCCCCGCCCCCGCGACCGACUGCAACAUGCCCUGCUCGGGCGACAACCUCCACACGUGCGGUGGCUCCCGCCGCCUCACGACCUGGUCGUUUGGCGCCACGGCCAGCAAGCGCGACCUCUCGGCGCGCCGCACCACCCUCCGCGACGCCCUUGAGCAGUAAGUGGUAACUCGGCUUCUCCGCCUCCUCGCUUCACGUGCCUUCGUAUCUGGUAUAAUGGCGCUAGCUGCUCUGUCUAUACCUCGUCUCGCCUCGCCUCCGAAUCGUGCCUCACCUCCCCCUUCCCUCCCCUCUUCUCCCUGUUUCUAGCCGGCUGGGCAAAAAAAGUGCUGUCCGUGACAGCACAUGCUAGAUGCAUUUCUUGCCACUUGA